ACCUGCCAGUACUAAGUAUAAUAUUAAUAAUAUCUGAAAUAAAGCUCCAGCAUGUUAUAAAAGCAGUAGCUGUACACAAACACUCAUCACUGGUAACCUACAGUAAAAGGAUUGUUCAGUAUUAGUUCUAUACAGCAAGUCAAGACAAGAUGGAUUCCUGUUCUUAUUUUAAGCUGAUAGGAUGCUUCAUUCUUAUUAGCAUUGCUACUGCACAGGAAACACAAGCUACAUCUUGUCCCCCUCGUGAUUGUCAGGAGGUAUAUGAACGUGGUAACACAUGCAGUGGAGUAUAUACUGUAAAACCUGAUCAUCUACCAGCCUUUGAGGUUUAUUGUGAUAUGAGUAAUGGAGGUGGAUGGUCUGUAUUUCAAAGGAGAAUGGAUGGUUCUGUUGACUUCUACCGCAACUGGACUGACUAUGUUAAAGGAUUUGGAGACCUCAAUGGAGAGUUCUGGCUAGGACUUCAUAAAUUGAGCCGACUUACUGAUGCAAACAACUUGAACCUCCGUGUUGACUUGGAAGAUUUUGAUGGAAAUAAGAAGUAUGCUACUUAUCAUUUUCGAGUAUUCGAUGCAUCUUUCGAGUACAAGCUGUUAGCGUUUGCAUAUGGAGGUGAUGCUGGAGAUGGUCUGAGCAUUCAUAAUGGAUUGAGGUUCUCUACCAAGGAUCGAGACAAUGACAUCUGGGCCACAGGAAGCUGUGCAACAACUUAUGGUGGAGCUUGGUGGUAUAAAGACUGUUAUACUUCAAACCUCAAUGGUCUCUAUUUGAUUGGAUAUAACUCAACAGAGAAAGGUGUCAAUUGGCUUAAGUUCCCUACUAAGUACUACUCCCUAAAAACUAGUGAGAUGAAAGUUAACCAGUAUACGCCCACUGGAGAAUGAACAAUUCAUUAUCAUUCAUUAGUAGCAGUACACUGCAGUAGUUUAAUAUACAUGUACAUGUACAUCUUCUAUACAUGCAGUGUAAAAUAUCUUAAAUUUCAAGUAAACAGAAAAGUUUUUGAUGAUAUUUUGAAAUACUGGGAGGACAA